UCAAAAUUGAAAGAAAACAUUUAGAAUGUGACAAAAACUAUAAACUUAACCAAUAUAAAUAACAAUGUGAGACAAGAAGAGUUUUGUUGUUCUAAGAGACAUCCCUUAUGGAGAUCAAGCAAGCACCCACGGAGUCUUUGUCAUCAUUGCAAAAUGAUAGAGAUGGUGAGAUAGGAAAAGGCAAUGGUAAAGGUGUGGUUGGACAGCUGAAGAAGGUUGUUUUGGCUUACAGUGGUGGGUUGGACACAUCAGUCAUUGUCCCAUGGCUAAGGGAGAAUUAUGGUUGUGAAGUUGUUUGUUUUACUGCUGAUGUUGGUCAAGGUAUGAAGGAAUUGAAAGGUUUAGAAGAGAAAGCUAUAGCAAGUGGAGCUUCAAAAUUGGUAGUAAAGGAUUUAAAGGAAGAGUUUGCAAAAGACUUCAUAUUUCCUUGUUUACGUGCUGGUGCUGUUUAUGAAAGAAAAUACCUUCUUGGAACAUCCAUGGCUCGUCCCGUUAUCGCAAAGGCGAUGGUGGAUGUUGCAGAAGAAGUUGGGGCAGAUGCAGUUGCUCAUGGAUGCACUGGAAAAGGAAAUGAUCAAGUAAGGUUUGAAUUGGCAUGUUUUGCUCUAAAUCCAAAUCUAAAAGUGGUGGCACCAUGGAGAGAAUGGGAUAUUACUGGAAGGCAAGAUGCUAUUGAGUAUGCCAAGAAGCAUAAUAUCCCUAUUCCUGUCACUAAGAAAUCCAUAUAUAGUCGAGACGCCAAUUUGUGGCAUCUUAGUCAUGAGGGAGAUGUUUUGGAGGAUCCAACAAAUGAACCUAAGAAGGACAUGUACAUGAUAUCUACAGAUCCAGAAGAUGCACCAAAUGAACCUGAAUACGUAGAAAUAGGCAUUGAGGGAGGUGUCCCUGUUUCCAUCAAUGGCGAACUUCUUUCACCAGCCUCUCUUAUCUCCAAAGCAAACCACAUUGGUGGAAAGCACGGAAUCGGGAGAAUCGACAUGGUUGAAAAUCGUCUCGUCGGCAUGAAAAGCAGAGGCGUUUACGAAACUCCAGGAGGAACCAUCCUUUUCGCAGCCGUCCGUGAGCUCGAGUCUCUGACACUCGACCGAGAGACGAUUCAAGUGAAAGACUCAUUGGCUCUGAAAUAUGCAGAGUUGGUCUAUGCAGGAAGAUGGUUCGACCCACUUCGUGAAUCCAUGGAUGCUUUCAUGAAGAAGAUCACAGAGACCACCACUGGCUCUGUUUCUCUCAAGCUCUAUAAGGGUUCUGUCCAAGUCGCCGGUCGCCGGAGUCUUUAUAGUCUUUAUAGGGAAGAUAUUUCAUCCUUCGAAAAUGGGCAGAUUUACAAUCAAGCUGAUGCUGCUGGUUUCAUUCGCCUUUAUGGCCUUCCUACUAGAGUUAGAGCAAUGCUCAAUAAGAGCUUGUGAUUUGGUUGGUUUUACUACUUUCAAAAUGGUUUAUUCUAAUGUCUUUCAGCUUCCUUUCGUUUUGGUGUA